AUGUCCGGCGUAGAUCUCAACUCCGAUGGAAAACCAUACCAUGAACAUGGUGAUAAGAUCGAAAAAAAGAACCGUGAACCACAUGAACACCCUGAAGCGAAAGAUCAAGCACCACACCAUGGCCAUGAUAACCAGUUCCAUAAGGAUCUCAAAGGAAGCGUUGGUAGUGGAUCCAGCGAAAGAGGUGAUCGAAAGGCAGAUACAGAAAGUUCAUGA